AAAUAGAGCUCAUAUCCAGCCAGGAAACUGUAGACAGCAAGGGCGGUGUGUAGAACAGGAAUGGUAAAGUAACUUGGGUCGGGGAGAUCUGGUUGUGCAUCCCAAGUUCUCUUUUCUCCAUGCAGUUCCUAGGACAUAGAACUCCAAACUUCACCUCUUUUCUUCCCGAACAUCCUGAGUCUGAAUUCCAGUUCUAGAUCGUUCUGAGGGAACUGCCCUUGCUGCAGUGCACAGACCUCUCCUAAGAGGAGAGCUUUCCCAGAGGCGCCACUGCCCUCAGAUCAAGGUCACCACUGCUGAGCCUCUACCAUACAGAGUCAUGUCUUGGGCCUCCAGCAUUGAUGAAUUCUUUAAGAAUUUUAAAAGGGAAAGCCAAAUCCUCUCUGAAGAAACCAUUACCUUGAUUAAAUCCCACAUCGAGAACAGAAACCUCCAGGAAGCACUUUCUGUAAUUGAGAAAGCACUGAGAGACAUCGAGAAUGCCUCCCUGAACAUUGCUGUGACAGGGGAGACAGGGUCGGGAAAGUCCUCGUUCAUUAAUGCCCUGAGAGGGGUGGGGCAUGAAGAAGAAGGUUCAGCCUGCACUGGGGCGACAGAAACCACCAUGGAGAGGACUCCAUACCCACACCCAAAGCUUCCCCAGGUGACAGUGUGGGACCUGCCUGGCAUUGGAUCCACUUCCUUUCCACCAGAAAACUACCUAACAGAAAUGAAAUUUGGUGAAUAUGACUUCUUCAUUAUCAUCUCUAGUUCACGCUUCAAAGAAAAUGAUGCCCAGCUAGCCAAAGCCAUCGCAAGGAUGAACAUGAAUUUCUACUUUGUCCGAGCCAAGAUAGAUAGCGACAUAUAUAAUGAGAAGACAAGCAAACCUAAAGCUUUCAAUGAGGAGAAUGUACGGGAGAAAAUCCUAGAAGAAUGUUCACGUCAUCUCAAGGAGGCUCUCUCCAGUGAGCCUCCAGUCUUCUUAGUCUCUAACUUUGAUACGUCUAAGUAUGACUUCCCAAAACUGGAAAGCAAACUCCUAUAUGAUCUCCCAGCCCACAAGCGCCAUGUCUUCAUGCUGUCCUUGAACAGUGUUACUGAGGCCACCAUUAACCUCAAGAGAGAUUCCCUGAAGCAGAAAGUCUUCCUAGAGGCCCUGAAGGCUGGAGCAUUGGCCACCAUUCCAUUUGUUGGCAUGAUCAGGGAUGAGUUAGAGGAUCUGAAUGAAACAUUCAAUCUCUUCAGGUCUUACUUCGGGCUGGAUGAUGCCUCAUUGGAAGAGAUUGCUAAAGAUUUGAACGUGUCUGUGACUGCAUUCAGGGUACGUCUUCGUUUUCCCCAUUUGUUUGCAGAAGAUGAUGAUGUGUCCUUCGGGAGAAAACUAUGGAAAUAUAUCCAGAUUAUUUCCUCAGUUACUGGUGGUCCACUUGCUGCUGGUUUUUAUUUCAAAAAGUCUUACUAUUUGCAAAAUCUUUUUAUUGAUGCUGCAGCAAAUGAUGCCAUAGCUCUUCUUAAUAAGGAAAGUCUUUUUGAAGAGAAGGAGGGACCCUAUGUAUCUAAGCCUCCCGAUUACUGGGAGCAUCCCGAAGCAGAGAAGCAGCAGCCCUUCCUUCCACCUGCUUGUGUGGACCUAGCUGGUCUUCUGAAGAAGUCGAGCUUGGAGAAAGACUGCAGGCUGGGAUACCCAGAUGCUCUUGGAGUCUAUGUUGUACCCCAUGGAAAUAAAAUCCCAGAUGAGAAACAACCAUCCACAGUGUCUGGCAGAGCAGUUGAGCCCCCUGGCUUUCAGGAGUAUGCUGCUCUUCUACCACACAGAGUCAUGUCUCUGGCCUCCAGCAUUGAAGAAUUCAUUAAGAAUUUUAAGAGGGAAAGUCAAAUCCUCUCUGAAGAAACCAUUACCUUGAUUAAAUCCCACAUCGAGAACAGAAACCUCCAGGAAGCACUUUCUGUAAUUGACAACGCACUGAGAGACAUCGAGAAUGCCUCCCUGAACAUUGCUGUGACAGGGGAGACAGGGUCGGGGAAGUCCUCGUUCAUCAAUGCCCUGAGAGGGGUGGGGCAUGAAGGAAACGGUGUAGCCCUCACUGGGGCAACAGAAACCACCAAGGAGAGAACUCCUUACCCACACCCAAAGCUUCCCCAGGUGGUAGUGUGGGAUCUGCCUGGCAUUGGAUCCACUUCCUUUCCACCAGAGAAGUACCUAACAGAAAUGAAGUUUAAUGAGUAUGACUUCUUCAUUAUUAUCUCUAGUUCACGCUUCAAAGAAAAUGAUGCCCAGCUAGCCAAAGCCAUCUCAGAAAUGGAGAUGAAUUUCUACUUUGUCCGAGCCAAGAUAGAUAGCGACAUAUAUAAUGAGAAGACAAGCAAACCUAAAGCUUUCAAUGAGAAGAAUGUACGGGAGAAAAUCCUAGAAGAAUGUUCACGUCAUCUCAAGGAGGCUCUCUCCAGUGAGCCUCCAGUCUUCUUAGUCUCUAACUUUGAUACGUCUAAGUAUGACUUCCCAAAACUGGAAAGCAAACUCCUAUAUGAUCUCCCAGCCCACAAGCGCAAAGUCUUCACAGUGUCCUUGAGAAGUGUUACUGAGGACACCAUUAACCUCAAGAGAGAUUCCCUGAAGCAGAAAGUCUUCCUAGAGGCCCUGAAGGCUGGAGCAUUGGCCACCAUUCCAUUUGUUGGCAUGAUCAGGGAUGAGUUAGAGGAUCUGAAUGAAACAUUCAAUCUCUUCAGGUCUUACUUCGGGCUGGAUGAUGCCUCAUUGGAAGAGAUUGCUAAAGAUUUGAACGUGUCUGUGACUGCAUUCAGGGUACGUCUUCGUUUUCCCCAUUUGUUUGCAGAAGAUGAUGAUGUGUCCUUCGGGAGAAAACUAUGGAAAUAUAUCCGAAACAUUUCCGCAGUUCUUGGUGGUCCAUUUGCUGCUGGUUUUUAUUUCAAAAAGUCUUACUAUUUGCAAAAUCUUUUUAUUGAUACUGCAGCAGAUGAUGCCAUAGCUCUUCUUAAUAAGGAAGACCUUUUUGGAGAGAAGGAGGGACCAUAUGUAUCUAAGCCUCCCGAUUACUGGGAAUGACGGGAAAAUAAGAGUCAAGUUCCAAUCAGUGUUUACUUUUGGCCUUGCUUUGGACACUGACACAUAACCUAUGCCUGGCAAACCAACCUUAUUUGUGGAGCUCAGAGGGCUUCUCCUUUUCCUUCUCUGGAGACAGAAGAUCAUUGUGGCAAGAGCUCAGUUGUACUUUAGUAGGAAACAGUCGUCAACAUUGUGUAAAUGCCUGAGGACACCUCGUUCUCUUUAAAAUAGUGUGUAGAGCACACAUGAAAAUAUUGAUUGGAUUCCUGAUUUUCGUUCCAGUGACUCCUGGAUCCUUUACCCCUGUGAAAGUCUCCACACACUUCUGUAUUCUCACAGCCAUUUCUGCCCUGUCACUUUUGCUUGAGGGCAUCUGGUGCCCAACACUGUGUAGAUAAAUACACCUCAGUAAGAGGUGUGAGCCCCGCACAAGAGUCACACGACAGAUGGAGACUGUUAUUAUUAGCAAAGCUCCAUCCAGGAGGAGCUUAGUAAAAACAGAAGAAUAAACAUUUGUGCAGAUCCUCUUGCUUCACACAAAUAAGAAUGUUUAUUUCCUAUGCUGCACUGGCAAAUCAGAGUGAACUGAAAUUCACCCAUGUGAUUGGCUAAUGAAACUUUAAUCAUAAACUGUCUCUCCUUGUUGUAAUUUCACUCAUAAAAAUAAAUAAAAUAAAUUAAAAAAUU